AUGUCAGGAGCUUCUAGAUAUUUCAGCCAGCCUGGCAGCUGCUGGUAAUGGAACUAAAAUUUAGAUCGUAUCCCGCUUUUCCAAGUUCUCUGGCCCAAUGGCGGACAUUUGCGAUGAAUCGCCAAGAGCUGGUCCGCUACAACGUGUAGCAAGGAACAUUUUGACCUCAUCUCCAGAAAAAAAUACAGUGACUUUGCAGCCACCGUCGCCGCAUGACCAGUCGCAGGAGUCGCAGGAGACGCCGCAGCAGUCGCAGCAGUCGCAGCUGGCGUUCGCGAAAGCGUUAUUCCAGCGACUGCAAGCCGGCGCUCACGUUUUUCUCCCCGACACUCCCGCUUCUGCCGCUUCUGCGCACCUGGCGGACCUUCCGACCCCUCCUUCCGCCGUUCCUCCCCGUUGCCCCGCCUCCGCUUCCGCCGAUCCCCCUGUUCCCGCUUCCGCUUCCGCCAAAGAGAUCAAAUCCGACACUGUAUACCCGUUCAAAGAGGACCUCGAGGGGCAUGGCUUGUAUACAAACUUGAAUGGGUAUACAAGCUUUAAUGGGUAUACAAGCUUGACUGCAAGCUGGUGGAAGCCGAUGGGGGAGAGAAGGACGAGGGAGGGAGCAAGGAAGGUGAGAAGGCGUAGGAGUGUGGAGGAGGUUGUUGCUCAGCUAAGAGCCAGUCAGGUUGGAAUUGUUAGCACUCAUAUACGAGCCUGUUUGGCUGAAAGUGUUCGCACUCAGCUAAGCGGCAGUGAUAGAGGGAGUGGUGGCGGUCUCGGGGUAGAGAAUGGUGCAGAGGAGCUGAAGAGCAGAGUGAGAGAAGGAGCGGGCGUUGCUGUUUCAGAAGUGGCAGAAAAGGAUAAGGGGUCUGUAGCAGUAAGAGCAAAGGGGAGUGUCGCACGAAGGAGUGUUGCUGGUUUGGUGGCAGGAGGAGGGAUGGAGUGUGAGGAGGGGGAGGGAGAAGAAGAUAAGGAGGAAAAAGAGGAGGAGGAGAAGGAGGAAGAAGAAGAUGCAGAGGAGGAAGAGGAGGACGAAGAAGAGGAGGAGGAGGAUGAGGAGGAAAAGGAGGACGAAGAAGAGGAGGAGGAGGAUGAGGAGGAGGAGGAGGAGGAGGAGGAGGAGGAGGAGGAGGAGGAGGAGGAGGAGGAGGAGGAGGGGGAGGAGGAGGAAGAAGAGGAGGGGGAGGAGGAGGAAAGGAGGGAGGAGGAAGGGGGGAGUGAGGGCGGCCAGGAAGACCAGGGUAGAGAAGGGAGUGAGAAAGGUGGAAGAGGGGCGGCACGGGGGAAAAGGAAGUCAAGGGAGUGGGAGGAGGCGGGAGAAAAGACGAGGGAAUGGGAGGAGGGGGGAGAAAAGACGAGGGAAUGGGAGGAGGGGGGAGGGAGGAAUGCGAGGAUGCAGGAGAGACAGGAGACGGAGACUAAGAAGGAGGAGAGGGAAAAGAAGGAGCAGAAGGAGCAGAAGGAGGAGCGGAAGGAAAAGUGGAAGGCGGAGGGGAAGGAAAAGCAGGAGGAAGGAGUGGAGGAGCAAAGGGAGGAGCAGAGGGAGCGGCACAGGGAGCAGCAGAACCCUCCAGAUGUUGCUUCCCCUGGUGCCUUGGCUAGUUCUGUGGCGGCUCAAAGUGGGGAGAAGGGGCAGGUGCAGCCGUGCAUUCCACCUGUUUCUUCCCCUGGUGAUGAGAUUACUGGUUCUGAAGCGCCUCAAAAGGAGGAGCAGGGGCAGGUGCACCCGAGCCUCUCAGAUGUUGCUUCCCCUGGUGCUGUAAUUGUAGAGGCAGACACUGUUGCUGCUGUCGUGGGAAUGCCGACAGCAGCAGCAGCAACCGUGGGAGAAUCAACAGCAGAAGCAGCAACGGCUGGGGCUUUAACUGCAGCAGCAACGGCUGGGGCUUUAACUGCAGCAGCAGCAUUGUCCACAGGAGCACCACCACAAAAGGCAGCAGCAGCAGCAUCACCAUCACCACGAACAGUAGCAGCAGCAGCAGCAUCACCACCACAAGCGGCAUCAGCAGCAGCACCACCAUCACCACCACCAGAAACAGUAGCAGCAGCAGCAGCACCAUCACCACCACCACCACCACCACAAAUGGUAGCAGCAGCAGCCACUAAGAAGCAACCUGCUCCCAUCAUAGCUCAACGGGAUGAUACAGGUGCUGGUGAAGGGGGUGUGACAGUACAGGGUGUGGCAGUACGGGGUGUGGCAGUACGGGGUGUGGCAGCAGCAUCACAAGCACAAACCGCGCCAGAACCAUCAUCACUGGCGCCACCACCACCGCAGGCAGCAGCACGAUCACCGUCACCACAAGCAGCAGCAGCAGCAGCAGCAGCAGCAGUGGCCAACAGCCUCGCAGCUGCAGUUGUGAGUGAUCGGGUUGAUGGAGGUGUGGCUGAUGGGGGUAUGGCAGCGGCAGCAGCACCACCACAAGCACUACAAACAGCACCGAAAGCAGCACUGGGAGCAGCACAAGGAAAACCACAGGCAGCAGCAGCAGCAGCAGCAGCAGCAGCAGCAGCAGCAGCAGUUGCUGCUAGCAUCCUCCCUGCUCCAACUGGGGGUGAUGCAGGUGUGGAUGAAGGGGGCGUGGCAGCAGCAGCAUCACCACCACCAGACGCAGCACCAAUACCACAGAGAGUAGCAGCAGGUGCUGCAGCAGCUGCUGCUGCUGCUGCUGCCAACGCCCCCCCUGCUCCAGCUACGAGCUAUAAGGGUGAUGCAGGUGUGACUGGUGGGGGUGCGGCCGAGAGGGGUGUGACUGAAGGGGGUGGUGGGACAGCGGGGCCACCACCACCACGGGAAGCAGCAUCACUGCUGCAAGCACCACCGCCACAGAAAGCAGCAGCUGCUGCCAACAGCCUCCCCGGUCCAUUUUCAGGCCAGCUGGGCGAUGCAGGUGUGGCUGAAGGGGCCGAGGCGGAAGGAGGUGUGGCAGCAACAGCACCACCACAGGCAGUACUGCACGCAGCAGCUGCUGAAGGGGGUGUGACUGAAGUGGAAAUGACUGAAGGGGGCGUGACUGAAGUGAAAGUGACUCAAGGGGGCGUGGUGGAAGGGGGUGUGGUGGAAGUGGAAGUGAUUAUAGAGGGCGUGAUAGGAGAGGGUGGGAACGAGGGCAGUGUGACUGAGGGGAUGAUUGUUGAAGGGAGCAUGACUAAAGCAGGCGUGACUGUGAGUGGCGUGACUGUAUGUGAAGUGACCCAUGUUCCAGAACAAAUGCAUUGCUCCAAGCUACUGGUGGCAUGCAAUGGAGUGUGUCGGGCUUGCUCCCCUCAGAAGCAAGAGCAGAGGGAAGUGGAGCAAAGGGAAGGGGAGCAGAGGAAAAGGGAGCAGAGGGAAGUGGAGAAGAUAAGCGCAGCACUGGGAGAGAACAUGGCUGCUGCUGCUGCUGCUGCUGCUGCUGCUUCUGCUACUAACGAUGAUUCUGAUAGUGCUAACGCUGGUACCGAAGGAAGGGCCAGUCCACGUGCGGAAAGGGCUGGUGCGGAGGCAGGCACAGAUGCAGCUUACCUCAUGGCGCCACGUGGUGUUUCGGAGGUGGCCUGUGAAAGUUUUGAGUCGACUGAGUCGACUCAAAAGCUACCCUGUGAGAGGCUUCCAGAGGUUGCGGCGCUGACAGUUCAAUCCAUAGCCGCGGACACACUUCAUCCCACCCUCACUAGCGGGCAUGCCAAAGUUGGCACCUUGAGUCCUGCUGCCACGGCAGCUGCAGAAACGCCAGCAGCAGCAGUCAAGACAGAAGGACCUCUUACGAAAGAAGACGCAAUGAGAAUACCCAGCCCCACCGACAGCCAUCCAGUUUUGACAAAACUACCCAGCCCCACCGACAGCCAUCCCACCCUCACUAGCGAGCAUGCCGAGGUUGGCACCUUGAGACCUGCUGCCACGGCAGCUGCGGAAACGCCAGCAGCGGUCAAGACAGAAGGGAGGCCUAUAGUCGUGCCACCGGUGGCAGGGGGAACGGCAGUCUUACCUGCUGAAGCAGCCACAGCACCAACAGCAGCAACGGCAGCAGCAGCUGCAGCAGCAGGGAGGAAGCGGAAGAGGAGGAGGCUCAGGGCAUGGCUGGUGGAUGUGACUGGUCACACGCUGCUUCUCGGAACCUUCCCUGACGAGGAGGAGCGGCAGGCAGCUGUUUCCGGCGCGCUCAUGCUGCUGACUCACCACUGCACCUCGCCAGGUGGACCUGCUGCUGACGUGGCAUGCCAGGGACUGAGUGAUGACGCGGCGGCGUCUCGAGGCAGGUCUGGCGGCUUGGCGUUUUGUAAUACUAAUGAGGACGUGGCAGCUAAUGCAAGGUUAUGCGUAGGUGUUGCUGAGACAGUGAUGAAUGGAAGGGGCAGAGCAAAGGAAGCAUGUGUUGCUUUAGCUGCGGCCGAGAGAGCAGGUGACAACAGCCGGUCCAAUAUAGCCGAGACACGAGCACGUGAGGGUUCUCUAGCGGCAGAAGCUAAGGCAGAGAGAAACGGAGAGAGAACGAGGGAGUUGAAAUGCGGAGCAAGACGAAAGGCAGAGAGGGAAGCACUGGCAGCAGACAUGGCAGCGAGAGGGAAGCAGCAGAGGGGCAGAGAUCAAAGGACUGUGGCUUUUGAGUCGACUCAGGGGUCCCCGGGACUCAAAAGUCGGCUCCGAAGUCAUUCUGAGUCGAAUCAAAUGGCACUGAAGGCCAAGUCACUGACGGCAGACGUGGCGGGGAGAGGGAAGAAGCAGAGGGGCAGAGAGAGAGGCACGGCGAGAGCUGCAGAGAAAGCAAGCUGCUCAGAGAUGCGCGAAACCAGCGGAAAGCAAUGCAACUGUUACUGCGACUGCAAAUGCAACCGGAAAUGCAACCGGAAAUGUAACUGGAAGUGUCGCAAGGAAGCGAACUGGGGGAUUGUACGGUACUGAAGAUGUAACUACGUUGCCAUGCAGUGGGCUUGCUAUGGUUCUGAAACUGAACAGCAUUGGUGUCGGCCUCCCUCUUGAAUCCAAAGGGAAUGCAGAAGAGAAAGAUGAGACAGAAGAAGGGGAGAAGAGAAAGGCAGGUGACAGACUGAAGAGCGGUA